AGCAAUGGUUCUUCGAACCUACCGAAAUGAAAAAUUCUAACGAUAUCCCCGAACAGAUAGAAAUACAAACUGAGAAUGCUUCGGCAUCUAAUAUAUCUGAUAUUACUUCAAAUUCUAGCCACUUUGUGACUGCUUCCAGCAAAGAUACUCAUGAACAGACAAUCUCACGUAAUGAGGAGUCUAAUACAUCUAGCCACGAAGUGACUGCCUUCGGCAAUUCCGAUGCACAACAGGAAUCAGAGACCUCCACAUCUCCUACCCCCGCGGAAACCAUAUCAUUGGAAGAGAAAGAAGAAAAUGAAUUUCUGGAUUCAAUGUAUAAGGAACAGGUUUGUAACGAGAUAAAAGAUAGAAUCAGAGAAAAAAAGCUUCAGCGCGAAUCGGCUGGAAAACAAGCCCAAGACUUAUCGCAAUUUCAUGAAAUUACAUCCAGAGAUAUGGAGUCACGACCCCAAGUUAAUCAUAAUACAAAAACCGUUCCCUCAGGGAACGAUCAAAGUCAUGUGAUUUUAACAGAGUCGCCUUCGUUGCAAACUGAAGUGUCUGAAUUAGAACAGGACGAUGAAAUUGAUAAAAACCAAAUCGUUGAACAAGGUUUAAUACAAGAAUUGCAUUUACCUACUAAAGAAAACGACAGCUCUAUCAAAAUUGGUAACUCUGGCGACAAAUUGGGGAAUAUGUCUUCAGAGGAAUCGAAUAUUGUUUCCUUUGGAAAUUCUGCCCAACAUUUGUCUCAUUUAUUUAAAACAGCAAUUAAGUCAAGACAACAGGAAAUCUUAAACUGGUAUUAUUAUUCUCUUGAAUUCGAAAAUAAGGUUCAUGAUAUUACAGCCGAUGGGAACGAUCAGACUAAUGCAGAGGUGAGCGCUUCAUCUAACUCAGCUCAUGACCGCGCUUAUUUUCGUAAUAAAAUAUUAGGUCGAUAUCCUGAUAUACAUAGAGAAUUUAGUA